AUGAGCAGCAAUCUUCAUCUGCAAGUCAGUUUACGACGAGCAUCGGCAUCUGGCGACCUUUCCGAGGUCAUUAGACUUGUCGAGUCGGAGAAAGCGGAAAUAAAUGGACGUGGAAAAACUGGCUGGUCGGCUCUCCACAAAGCUGCGGAACACGGACAAGCGAAAGUCAUUAGAUAUUUGUGCCGAAAAGGAGCGGAGGUGAACUGUUCUGGAGGCCUGUUCGAUGGAACGCCUUUGCAUCAUGCUGUUUAUUGGGGACAAGUCAGAGCCGUGCAGCAGUUGUUAAAGUCUGGCGCUGAUCCGAGCAUCGAAAACUCAAAUGGAGAUACGUCGCUCACGAUCGCAAGGGAUAGAAAUUAUGAGACGAUAAUCAUGCUCAUGGAAAAUCAUGACCCGAGUUUGAUAAAAAAAACUUUCGAAAAACUUGAAAAGUCAAAAAUAUGGGGCUUCAUAAAAUCUCCAAAAGAAAAAGAGAACAUUCCAGCUUUCUUUCCACCUGCAGAAGAAAAAGUCUCGAAAGAAGAAGUUUCGAAAGCUGACACAGAAAAAGAGCUCUCCGAGAAACAUGAAGAGAAAAUAGAGAAAGAAGCUGAAAUUCCGAUGCGAUCUCCGGGAACAGAAUCAGAAUUCGACCUGGAUAACUCGUUUGCUGAGACUCAAGAAAGCGAAAAUGCGCCCAGAAAGAGACCAUCGAUGCAAAUUAAAAAGGAAGAACUAAAAGUUCCAAACCACCGAUCCUCAGUUUCGGUUCUUCAACAAGCAAAUUAUUACGACACGAAGCUUCAAGGCGUUAUCCCGGCAAAAGUAAGCGAGGUGCGAGCUACCCCCGAUGCUCUACUUGAGAAGAAUCACGUGUCGAAUUUGAUCUUUCAAUUUUCGCAAAAGAAAGAGGCGCCAAGUCAAAGAAGAAGCGUGAGCUCGAUUGAAAGAAAUUCCAACUCUGACGCGUCAGAAGUCUCAAGUAAAAUUCCAGAGGAGAGAAAGACCGAAAUGAGCGAGAGAAAAGAGGAAGAUGGGGAAAUGACGAUGAUUUCGCCGACUGAGGAGGCUCUAGAAGAUUUACUUUCGAUUAUUCCGCAGUUGCAUAGUGGAACUGGGGAAUUAAGAAACUUGAAAUUUUCUGAAGACUUCCGGCCAAAAUGGGAUUAUGUCGCUGAAAUUUUCGUCGAUCUCAUGGACCUUCACGAUGAUCCGUCUAUCCCGGUCAUCAUCGACACAAUAAACGAUCUACGAGGAGGAGAUUCUAUUGGAACUUUACUGCAAGACAUUACCAGUGCAGUUGCGCGCAUCCAAGGUUAG